AUGCUGAGAGCAACGAAAAUCACCGAAUUGAGGGCUCAAAUACAAUCUGAAAGGGAAAACAAAACGGCCGAAAUCGCGAAGUUGCAGGCAGAUUUAAAUCAAACGAUGACUUUCUUGGAUCUGAAUGGAUGGUCGUAUUUGGAACAAACCGCUUCUUGGUACAAGACUUUGGAUCAAGAAAUGACGUUUGAUGAAGCCGAGGCAUAUUGUGGGGGCAGAAAGAGCCAUUUAGUCACAAUCCACAGUGAGGAAGAGAACCAGUUUGUUUGGGAACUCGCGAACACUCUUUAUUCAAAUGCUUGGUUCUGGAUCGGACUGAAGAGAAAUCCGAACAAAGGAAAUGCUUUUGAAUGGACGGAUGGAAGUUCGGUGGAUUUCACGAAGUGGUAUCCGGAAGAGCCGGAUUCGAACACCCAUACUUUGGUGGGAUUUUCAACG